AAAAAAGUUUUUAUUAAAUUCAAGUUUCAGCUUCUGAGAAGCUAGAAUAUCUUUAAGUUGGUUGUCUUGAGUUUCUUGAGCUGAGUGAAAAUCUUUGAAGUCUGAAGUCUGUGUAACUUUCCCAACUGAGACAAAUUAGAGAAUGUCUGAGCCACUAGGUGAGAUUUUGGGAGUUACAGAGAAAAGCCACCUUGAUGAUAUAUCGAGAGUUAGCCCUGUACCAUUGCCAACAUCCAGACUGGUGCGUGUGAUCCACAAUGAGCACAACUACAAUUUUAUCCUGCCAGAUAUUCUGCCAGAAAAUAAGCUCUAUUUGCAACCUAAUCGCACUCUGCGUCAGUUGGUCUGUGCCAUGCAUGACAAAAUCAAUCCCGGCCAGUUGGGUCAACUUUCGGUUGCAAAAAUGGAGGAACAUAUACGUAAGGCCGACUUGAUCCAGCGACGACUGCGUCGAUUCCUCGCCAGCGACCGCAGAUUCAUCGACUUCAGUCCAAUGUCGUCAAUGCACGAGGCGAUUGUGGAGCAGCUGGCCGAGGAAAUGCACUGUCCGACUAGAUUUUAUGCUACUCAAGAUGGUAGUAGGUACUUGGUAGUUUACCAGCCGGGAAUAGGACCCAACCGAUUCGAGCUAACAGCUCGCCAAGGUGUCUCCGGCAGGAAAGUUGAGCUCUAUUCUCCGGAAGUUGAAGAAAAGCAGAUCAGGAUGUCCUCGGGGGGCCAAAAUCCCUCCUGGCACCAGAAAACACAGCAGGAGGAUCUCCAGAUGGCGGAGUUCUCAGUCCGUUUGGGACGCAAUAUCCUGGACAAGUUCAAUGCCAGCAGCCAACAAAUCAGGCACAGUUUGCGACCUAAGCGCAAAAGUAAGGAAAAUAUCAAGUCAUAA